AUGCUCAAGCUUGGCAAAAUUGUCGAUGAAGCAAACGUAUGUGCAGGUAAAAGUUUCGGAGAGUUAGCUCUGAUAAGUCGGGACUGCAUUCGCAAUGCUACGAUCAUCGCAGAUGAGAUAUCUAAUCUUAUCGUGGUCAACCGGGAUCUCUACAACCGGUCGCUACGUGUGUUCCAGGAAGCCGAAUUUCGGGAACGUAGCGAUUUUGUGAAUCAUUGUGGUCUGUUCGCCAACUGGAUUCGCAGUAUGAAAAGACAAGCAGCCAUGUCAUUGCGUCGGGAGACG